CGGCGCGCCGCCGCCGGCGCCCCGCGGCGCGCCGCCGCUCGCCCUGAUCGCCGCGCUGGCGGUGGCAGCGCUCCUCGCUCCGUUGGCGCGGCCGCGCGGCCCCUUCCGAUCAGGCCCCCUCGGCGGCCCCUCGGCGGAGGUGCCCACGGGCACCGCCUCCUGGAAGAAAUCCUACGACCUCGCCGACGAUGCCCUGCUCGAGGCGGGGAAGAUGGUGAAGGUCGCCUCGGAGACGGUGCUCAGAAUAAAAAACCCGGAUCGCAUGGACGGGGAGGACCGCAAGGACGUGCUCCGGGACGCGUGGG